GCUUACCUACUACUGCAGUGAUAGUCGUGUUACACACACACGGUUGAAGCAUUGUCUAUCUAUCUGUCUAUCAGUCGCUAUCGAGAUACCAGCCUUCUGUUUUGAGACGCAGUGGAACAGAAGAGAACAGAACAAGAGCUUUUUCAGACAUAUUUUCUUUCUCGCCACCUACUCACCUACUCAAUCAAUCAAUACACCAUGGCGACCACAACAACAACAACAACUCUUCACAAUGUGGACUUGCGAAACCACCAUCUCGAAAAAGACCCUUGCAUCAUCAAUACCGUCUCAUUUCACUCCGACGACAACUCUUCUUCGGAUGUAGACGACGAAUCACAAUUGCAAAAACACCACCACGAAAAACCCAAAUCGGAACACUACGAACUCAUUACCCAUCAUCAUCACGAUCAUGAUUACCACCCUCUCCGCACACAAAUCACCUCUCAAACCCACGAUUUUAUCCUCACCCACUGGUCCUUUUCCUCUUCUUCUUUUUCAGCUUCUUCUUCAGCAACCUCAUAUCUCAAAACCGACCUCCCCGGUCUCGCAAGCAAAAUUUUCCCCUCUGCUCUCGACGACCGUAUACAUCUUCUCGCGAGAUUAUUUUCUGUGGUGUUUUUAUUGGGCGAGGAAAUUGAUGCGAUUGUACGUUGCGAUUAUCAUGAAAAUGAAAACGAUGAUGAAAGGGAUGAGAGGGAUGAUGAAGAAAGGGAUGAAAGGGAGGGGGUAAGAAAGGAAAUUAUACAAUUUUUGAAAGGAGCUUUUAAUGGAGUGGAUGGAAGAAGGAGAAAUCUUGAUCGAGAGGAAGAAGAAUGCGAAGAAGAAGAAGAAUUCCCUCUCGUCUGGAUGUUAAAUCACGUCUUGGAUGAAAUGGCCAGUCAUGCAUAUUUGCUCGUCAUGGGGGAAGUCCAAGAGGCGAUUUGGAGAUUUUUGGGGAUUGCGGGGAGUCAAAGGAGGGGAGAAAAGAAUGAUGAUGAUGAUGAUGAUGCAUUGUUGAGAUUUCGAGCAAAAUUUGUGGAUGCGGGAAUGUGGUUGCCUUUGUAUCGGUUUGCUACGGGCGGGAUGGUGGAUGAGGAGGAGUUUGGGUUUGGUGGGGAGGAGAUGGUGGAGUGGAGUGGAGUGGUGGGAGGGGGAUCUUGAAGAUUUGAUUGAUUUUUUUUGUUUUUGAGCGCUUGAGCGUUGGAGUGGGUGUUGAUGGACCAUGUGAUCGAUCUCAUAUCAUGGUCUGCUACAAUAUUAUAAUCGCUUUAUUCUUUCUUUCUUCUGCUAUAUGAUAAUACCUAGUAUUGGC